AUGCAGCUCAACCACCUACCGAAGAGGAAAUUCGAUGACUACACAUCCAGCGCCUACCCACCACACCCACAAGCUACCCCGAGACGCAGGACCUGCAGCCUCCACAACUUGCUGCUGCCCGCUGUAGCCAUUGCCGCUGACCCCGCGGUGUGCGAUUGUGUAGCGCCUGUGGCGGGCAAGGCGAAGAAGCCGAGGAAGAAGAGGGAGAAGGCGCCGCGGAAGGAGAGGAAGAAGAAGAAGGAAGAGGAAGAGGCCAAGCCCAAAGUGCCGUUCCGAGGUUCGCGGUUCGAGCUGUGGCUGGAGACGCGGUUCGAGGAGGAGCUGCUCAAGCUGCUCGAGGUGCCCUUUCUCGAGCUCUCGGCCAACCUCCUCAACGGUGCGUCGUGGGCCAUGACGCGGUCGGCCGAGGAGCGGAUCUACAAGGACAAGUGGCGAAAGCGGUACCACGUCUACUCGGCAGCGGUGGGCGACCUCGUGGCGGACGCGUUCAACUUCCACAUCCGCACCAAGAACCUCGACACGGGCGAGUACAACAAGCUGCCCUUCAUCACGCCCGACAAGGCCCUCUCCUCGCAGCUCUCGUCCUACAGCAGCUACCUCUCCCUUCUCGGCGGUGCGCGCAUCAACCCCGGCGAGGACCACAGCGGCUACCCGCCGGGCGAGCUCGCGGGCGAGGACGCCUGCACGCUCUACGAGGGCUCUGACGUGUCGUUCGUACUCGUGGGCCACCUGGCCGGCCCCAACCCAGCAGCAGCGAACCCGGCCGCCGCUGCUGCUGGAACUGGCAGCCUCCACCUUGGCUUUGCUCCGGCGGCCGACGGCCACCAGCAGUCCGCCGCUACGCUCCAAGCGGCGUACACGCAGGCGCAUCACCUCCAACACGUCCCCACCGACGGCAAUCAUCCGUAA